UUUUGUUUUCUGUUUGUCUGGUGCCGCGAUUCUCACAAGCACUACCAUCUCUCUCACUCUCAGCUUUCUCUCUCUCUUCAAUUCUUUACACAGUCGCCGUCGCUCCGAUCCUCUCUCUUCUCGUUGCCUCGCAAAGUGAUGAAUUUCGCAGCUUACGAUAACGAAUUCUGAAAUUUGGGCGAUUCUUGAAGCUUCUGAUCUCUGAUUGUUGAUAUAUAUAUUUUUUUUUUCGCGGUUGUUAGGUUAGGGUUUUGAGAGAUAAUAGUUUGUUUGAUUUUAUUUUUUUCAACAAAUUCGUUGAAAAAAGUGAAUAAAAUAGUGCUGAAUCUGAAUCUGAGAUGGGGAGAAAGAAGCCUACAGCGCGCGGGGACGACGAUAGCGUCCCUGCCGUUACGGCUGCCGCCACGGUGUCGAAAUCGAGGAAGAAGGCGGUUAUGAUUGACGAUGAUGAGUAUUCUAUAGGGACCGAGCUCUCCGAGGAGCCUCAGGUUGUGGAGGAGAAGGUUGUGAUUACUGGAAAGAAGAAGGGUAAGAAGGGAAGCGCGAAAGCGCGAAAACAUGAUGAUGAUGAGGAUGAGGAGGAUAGUAAGAUUGAUAAGGAGGAGGAUGAAUUAGUGAAGUCGAAAAAGGGCGGGUUUGGAAUGUCCAGUUUUGGGUUGUUGGGAGAUGAGGAUGAUGAUAAUGACGAGGAUGAGGAAGAGGAUUUAGGGAAGAAUAAGAAUAAGAAGGGUUCGAAGAAGAGUGGUGGUAGUUUGUUUAGUGCGUCGGCAUUUGAUGCUAUUGAUGACGAUAAUGAAAGUGAGGUGGUUGAUGGUUCUGUUGAGGAUGAUGAUGAGGAGGAGCAGGUAAUUGCGUUUACGGGGAAGAAGAAGAAGAAGACGAAGUCAUCAUCGAAAAGUGGUGGUGGGAGUGUGUUUGCGGCAGUGUCUAGUUUUGAUGGGCUUGAUGAUGAGGAUGGGGAUGAGAAGAAAGACGAGGAUGAAGAUGUUAGUGCAAUUACUUUUUCGGGUAAGAAAAAGAAGUCGAAGAAGACUAGUGGUAAUUCGUUUAGUGCUGUGUUGACUAAUGAUGAGGAGAAUGAUGACAAUGCUUCUGUGUCUGAGCCUCCUGAAAUUGCAUUUUCCGGUAAAAAGAAGUCUUCUAAGAAAAAGGGUAAUAGUGUUUUUACAGCUGCACCUGUACUAGAAGAUGAAGAUGAACCUGAACAACUGAGUGUGGCAGGAACUAGUAGUAAUGUUGAAGCUGAUAAUUCUAAAGUUAAUAAGAGUGAAGAGGUGAAGGAAACUUCGAAAAAUAAGAAGAAGAAAAAGAAGAGUGGAAGGACAGCUGAAGAGGAGGAUGAUUUGGAUAAGAUUCUUGCAGAGCUAGGUGGGGGGACUUCUACAUCAAAACCAGCUGCUCCUCCUCCUUCAGAGGACAAACCUGAGGUUCAGCCUGAAUCAGUUGCUAUUGCUGAUGAGAAGGAAGGGGAAGAAGAGAAUGUGGAGUCUGCUGCAGCGAAGAAGAAGAAGAAAAAGAAGGAGAAGGAAAAGGAGAAGAAGGCAGCAGCAGCAGCUGCUGCAGGGGCAAAGGAUGAAAAACAGGAGGAAAUAAAAGUUGAAACGAUAGAGCCAAAAAAGAAUGAUGCAAAGAGUAAAGCAGCAGACAAGAAGGUGCCAAAACAUGUUAGGGAGAUGCAAGAAGCAAUUGCUAGGCGAAAAGAAGCUGAGGAGAGGAAGAAAAAGGAAGAAGAGGAGAAGUUGAGGAAAGAAGAAGAGGAGCGGCGUAGGCUGGAAGAACUUGAGAGGCAAGCAGAAGAAGCUAAGCGUAGAAAGAAGGAAAAGGAAAAAGAGAAAAUUCAGAGGAAGAAAGCAGAAGGAAAGUUUUUGACUACAAAGCAGAAGGAAGAAGCCCGUCGGUUGGAAGCAAUUAGGAACCAGAUACUUGCUGGUGCAGGGAUGCCUGUCCCUUCUGCAGACACUGGUGCACAAACUAAACGACCAAAGUAUCAGAAUAAGAAGCAAAAACCAACUCACCAUCAAGCAAAUGGUACUGCCCCUGAUAAGGUGGUGGAAAACUUAGAAGCCAAGGAAGAACCUCAAGAUGUUCUGGCCAAGAUGGACACUGUAGAUUCAGAGAGAGUUGAUGAGGAGUCAAUUGAUGUGGAGGAGAAAUCUGAAAUUUCUGAGGCUGUUGAAGAGAAUGGAAUGGAAGACGAUGAGGAUGAGGAUGAGUGGGAUGCAAAGAGCUGGGAUGAUGUUGCUGUUAAUCUUUCUGUUAAAAGUGCAUUUGCUGAAGAAGAGGCUGAGGCUGAACCUGUAAAGAAAAAAGAUACAAAGGGUGCAGCACCAACUUCUCGCGAUGGGGCAUCUUCUGGAACUGGCAAGCCAGCUGUUGAUGCUAAGAAAACCAUUCCUUCCCAGGCAGUCACGUCUCAGAUUCAAAAGAGUAAACAAGAGGUUGAAGUUGCAGAAAAAAAUAAGAGAAAAGAUGCUGCCAUGAAAAAAGAACCAUCAAGUUCAGAUGCUACCUCCAAAGAGAGUGAAGAUAACCUUCGUUCCCCAAUUUGCUGCAUCAUGGGCCAUGUUGAUACUGGUAAAACCAAGCUGCUGGAUUGUAUCAGAGGUACUAAUGUUCAGGAGGGUGAAGCUGGAGGUAUCACUCAACAGAUUGGUGCAACAUAUUUUCCUGCUGAGAACAUACGUGACAGAACCAAGGAACUGAAAGCUGAUGCUAAAUUGAAGGUCCCAGGUUUAUUGGUUAUUGAUACCCCUGGACACGAAUCAUUUACUAAUUUAAGGACUCGGGGUUCGGGUUUAUGUGAUAUUGCAAUUUUGGUUGUGGACAUUAUGCAUGGCUUGGAGCCACAAACAAUAGAAUCACUUAAUCUCUUAAAAAUGAGGAACACAGAAUUCAUUGUGGCAUUGAAUAAGGUGGACAGACUCUAUGGGUGGAAAACAUGUCGCAAUGCACCAAUUGUGAAGGCCAUGAAGGAACAAUCUAAGGAUGUACAAAAUGAAUUCAAUAUGAGGCUCACUCAGAUUGUCACUCAGUUCAAGGAGCAGGGGUUAAAUACUGAAUUGUACUAUAAAAAUAAGGAAAUGGGUGAAACUUUUAGCAUUGUACCUACAAGUGCUAUCAGUGGUGAAGGCAUUCCGGAUUUGUUGUUAUUAUUGGUUCAAUGGACUCAAAAAACUAUGGUUGAGAAACUUACUUACAGCAAUGACAUACAGUGUACUGUGUUGGAGGUCAAGGUUAUUGAAGGCCAUGGGACAACAAUUGACGUUGUACUAGUCAAUGGUGUUCUUCAUGAAGGAGAUCAAAUAGUUGUUUGUGGCAUGCAGGGACCUAUUGUUACUUCAAUUCGAGCUUUAUUGACACCCCAUCCAAUGAAGGAACUCCGAGUUAAGGGGACUUACAUACACCAUAAGGAAAUCAAGGCUGCAAUGGGUAUCAAGAUCACAGCACAGGGCCUUGAGCAUGCUAUUGCUGGAACUGGUCUUUAUGUUGUUGGGCCUGACGAUGAUUUAGAUGAUGUUAAGGAAGAAGCUAUGGAAGAUAUGAAUUCAGUCAUGAACAGGAUUGAUAAGAGUGGCGAGGGAGUUUAUGUACAGGCAUCUACCUUAGGCUCUUUGGAAGCGUUGCUGGAGUUUUUGAAGUCCCCAGCAGUAAAAAUACCUGUUAGUGGUAUAGGCAUAGGCCCUGUACAUAAAAAGGAUGUCAUGAAGGCCAGUGUAAUGCUUGAAAAGAGAAAGGAAUAUGCUGUCAUCUUGGCAUUUGAUGUCAAAGUUACACCAGAGGCUCGGGAACUUUCAAAUGAGUUGGGUGUGAAGAUUUAUGAUGCUGAUAUCAUUUAUCACUUAUUUGAUCAAUUUACAGCCCAUAUUAACGCUUUCAAAGAGGAAAAGAAGAAGGAAGCUGCUGAUGAUGCAGUCUUUCCAUGUGUUCUGAAAAUUUUACCAAAUUGCAUUUUCAACAAGAAGGAUCCAAUAGUAUUGGGAGUAGAUGUCCUUGAGGGCAUUUUGAAGAUUGGGACUCCACUCUGUAUUCCUCAGAGGGAUUUUAUUGAUAUUGGGCGAGUUGCGUCUAUUGAAAAUAACCAUAAAGCUGUUGAUCUUGCAAAGAGAGGGCUGAAAGUUGCAAUUAAGAUAGUUGGCACCAAUUCUGAGGAGCAGCAAAAAAUGUUUGGUAGGCAUUUUGAGAUUGAAGAUGAGCUUGUCAGCCACAUCUCUAGGAGGUCAAUUGAUGUACUUAAAGCUAAUUACAGGGAAGAACUGAACAUUGAAGAAUGGAAGCUGGUUGUGAAAUUGAAGAAUCUUUUCAAGAUACAAUGAGGAUGCAUCAGUUAGGGCAGAAAUGCUAGGUGGAAUCUUCGGCAGUUCUUGUAUUGGAUGAAUUCUGAAACGAAUGGUCUAUGGUCUAUGGUCAAUGGCCGAUACAGGUUGGAACACUCAGGAAUUUUAACUGGUAUGUUUCAAGGGUUUUAUGCAUACUGGUUCGGUGACUGGUACAAAAUUUUCGACAAUACUGGCCAAUACAGUACGAUUUUGAUGACUUCAGAGGAAAGGCCAUGGAGAGGGUUGUGCUUCCCGUGGUAUGGUUGUAGUUUUUAAGCAAGUGAGAUAUACUUAAGAGGGAUUUUAAUGGAAGUUGGGGUAUUUUAAUAAUAAAAAUAUGAUAUGUUAAAUUUUAUUCAUUAAUUGAAAAGUGAAAAUUGACACCGAUAUCUUCUCA